AUGUUCUACAAGUACGGCCGCAUUAUCCGCUGUGAUGUCAAGGUCGGUUUCGGAUUCGUAGAGUACGAGGACCGACGUGAUGCCGAAGAUGCCGUCCGCGAUCUGGAUGGUGCUCACCUUAUGGGCAAGCGCAUCGCUGUCGAGUGGGCCAAGGGUGAACGGAGGGCUACGGGCACGCGCAGCGAUGCCUGCUUCCGUUGCGGAGAGGAGGGUCACUGGGCCAGGGACUGCACCCGCGGUGGCGGUGGCGGUUACGGUCCCGGCGGCGGCGGCGGCGGCGGCUACGGCGGUCGUGGUCGUUCUCCCCCUCGCUACGGCCGUGGGUACGACUCAUGCCCUAUACAGCCGCAGCCCUUCGCCCCGUCGUGGACGCUACAGCCCUUCGCCCAGGCGCGGUCGCAGCCCCUCGCCCAGGCGUGGACGCAGCCCGUCCCCCAGGCGUGGUGGUCGCUACUCGCCCUCGCCCAGGCGCGGAGGCCGCAGCCCUUCGCCCAGGCGCAGCCCCUCGCCCCGACGAGGCCGAUCGCCUUCGCCGCGCAGCCCCGCCGAGAAGAGGAAGCUCUCCCGCACGCCCUCGCCGGGCGGCAGGCGUUCGCCGUCGCCUCGCCGCGGCAGCCCGUCGCCGCGUCGCAGCCCCUCGCCCAGCAGGGGAAGCCCGUCGCCCAGGAGGAGCCCCUCGCCCAAGCGCAGGAGGACGAGCGGCUCGCGCAGCCCGAGCCCCGCCACCAAGCGCGGCAGCCGCUCGCCCUCGCCCUCGCCCGCCCCGGCCAACGGCGACGUCCCCGCCGAUAG